GGGGGCAGACGCCACCAUGGAAGUUCACUGGGCUGCAGGGCCACCUACGCCGCUGGCUGCGGUCUAAGCGGCCGGGGCUACCCGCCGUGGAUACGCAGGCGGCUCCCGCCGAGCUGCGGCCUCCGCCAUGUCGUUGCUGGGCGAGUACGAGCGACACUGUGAUUCCAUCAACUCGGACUUCGGAAGCGAGUCCGGGGGUGGCGGGGACUCGGGCCCGGGACCCAGCGCUGGCCCCGGGCCGCGAGCCGGAGGUGCAGCGGAGCAGGAGGAGCUGCACUACAUCCCCAUCCGCGUCUUGGGCCGCGGUGCCUUUGGGGAGGCCACGCUGUACCGCCGCACCGAGGAUGACUCACUGGUGGUAUGGAAGGAAGUUGACUUGACCCGGCUUUCUGAGAAGGAACGGCGAGAUGCCUUGAAUGAGAUUGUCAUCCUGGCGCUGCUGCAGCACGACAACAUUAUUGCCUACUACAAUCACUUCAUGGACAAUACUACCCUGCUGAUUGAGCUGGAGUACUGUAAUGGAGGAAACCUCUAUGACAAAAUCCUUCGUCAGAAGGACAAGUUGUUCGAAGAAGAGAUGGUGGUGUGGUACCUUUUUCAGAUUGUUUCAGCAGUGAGCUGUAUCCAUAAAGCUGGGAUCCUCCAUAGAGAUAUAAAGACAUUAAAUAUUUUUCUGACCAAGGCAAAUCUGAUAAAGCUUGGAGACUAUGGCCUAGCAAAGAAACUGAAUUCUGAGUACUCUAUGGCUGAGACACUUGUAGGCACUCCAUAUUACAUGUCUCCUGAGCUCUGCCAAGGAGUAAAGUACAAUUUCAAGUCUGAUAUCUGGGCAGUUGGCUGUGUCAUUUUUGAACUGCUUACUCUGAAAAGAACAUUUGAUGCUACAAACCCUCUCAACCUAUGCGUGAAGAUCGUGCAGGGAAUCCGGGCCAUGGAAGUUGACUCUAGUCAGUAUUCUUUGGAACUGAUCCAGUUGGUACAUGCAUGCCUCGACCAGGAUCCUGAGCAGAGACCCACUGCAGAUGAGCUUCUGGAUCUCCCCGUUCUCAGGAAGCAUAGGAGAGAGAUGGAAGAAAAAGUCACUCUGCUUAAUGCACCUACCAAGAGACCGAGGUCAAGCACUGUGACUGAAGCACCCAUUGCUGUGGUAACAUCACGAACCAGUGAAGUCUAUGUUUGGGGUGGUGGAAAAUCCACACCUCAGAAAUUGGACGUCAUCAAGAGUGGCUGUAGUGCUCGACAGGUGUGUGCAGGGAAUACCCACUUCGCUGUGGUCACCGUGGAGAAGGAACUAUACACCUGGGUGAGCAUGCAAGGGGGUACUAAGCUUCGCGGCCAGCUGGGGCAUGGGGACAGGGCUUCCUACCGACAGCCGAAGCACGUGGAGAAACUGCAAGGGAAAGCCGUCCACCAAGUGUCCUGUGGAGAUGACUUCACUGUGUGUGUGACAGAUGAGGGUCAGCUCUAUGCCUUUGGAUCAGAUUAUUAUGGCUGCAUGGGCGUGGACAAGGUCUCUGGCCCUGAAGUGCUAGAACCCAUGCAGCUGAACUUCUUCCUCAGCAAUCCAGUGGAGCAGGCCUCCUGUGGGGAUAAUCAUGUGGUCGUUCUGACACGGAACAAGGCAGUCUACUCUUGGGGCUGUGGUGAAUAUGGACGGCUGGGUUUGGAUUCAGAAGAGGAUCACUAUACACCACAGAGGGUGGAUGUUCCAAAGGCCUUAAUCAUUGUUGCAGUUCAAUGUGGCUGUGAUGGGACCUUUCUACUAACUCAGUCAGGCAAAGUGCUGGCCUGUGGACUCAAUGAGUUCAACAAACUGGGGCUGAAUCAGUGCAUGUCUGGAAUCAUCAACCAUGAAGCAUACCACGAAGUUCCCUACACGACCUCCUUCACCUUGGCCAAACAGUUGUCCUUUUACAAAGUCCGUACCAUUGCCCCAGGCAAGACUCACACGGCUGCUAUUGAUGAACGAGGCCGGUUGCUGACUUUUGGCUGUAAUAAGUGUGGACAGCUGGGUGUUGGGAAUUAUAAGAAGCGCCUGGGAAUCAACCUGCUGGGGGGACCCCUUGGUGGGAAGCAAGUGAUCAGGGUCUCCUGUGGCGAUGAGUUCACCAUUGCUGCCACCCAUGAUAAUCAUAUCUUUGCCUGGGGGAAUGGUGGUAAUGGCCGCCUGGCAAUGACUCCCACAGAGAGACCACAUGGCUCUGAUAUCUGUACCUCAUGGCCUCGGCCUAUUUUUGGAUCUCUGCAUCACGUACCAGACCUUUCUUGCCGUGGCUGGCACACCAUUCUUAUUGUUGAAAAAGUGUUGAAUUCCAAGACCAUCCGUUCUAAUAGCAGUGGUCUGUCCAUCGGAACUGUGGUUCAGGGCUCCAGCCCAGGAGGUGGCGGUGGCGGCAUUGGUGGCGGUGGCGGCAGGGGUGAAGAGGAAGAGAGUCAACAGGAAUCUGAAACUCCAGAUCCAAGUGGAGGCUUCCGGGGAACAAUGGAAGCAGACCGUGGAAGGGAAGGUUUAACCAGUCCCACGGAGGCCGUGGGAGACAGUUGUGGGGCUAGCAGCUCUUGUCCCGGCUGGCUUCGGAAGGAACUGGAAAACGCAGAGUUCAUCCCCAUGCCUGACAGCCCAACUCCCCUAAGUGCGGCAUUUUCACAGUCUGAGAAGGACACUCUGCCCUAUGAAGAGCUGCAAGGACUCAAAGUCGCAUCGGAAGUUCCCCUGGAGCACCGGCCGGCAAUAGGAACCUGGCCGCCUCGACUGAAUCCUGCAGUGCCGUGUGUUGGCAAAGCCUUGCCCUCCCCUGCUUGUGCGUGCAGUGCUCUGCAGGUGGAGGUUGACAGGCUGCAGGGCCUGGUGUUAAAGUGUCUGAAUGAACAGCAGAAGCUGCAGCAAGAAAACCUCCAGAUUUUUACCCAGCUACAAAAGCUCAACAAGAAAUUGGAAGGAGGCCAGCAGGUGGGGAUGCACUCCAGAGGAACCCAGACAGCAAGGGAAGAAAUGGAAAUGGAUCCAAAGCCUGACUUAGAUUCGGAUUCCUGGUGCCUCCUAGGAACAGACUCUUGUCGACCCAGCCUCUAGUCUCCUGAGCCCAUAUAGCCCUCAGGAAACUGGGACCCAAAGAAUUCACCGCACACUUACUGAGUGCAGAGAGCAGCUUUCCUGGCUUUGCUCACUUGCGGACAGAGCGCAGGGCGGAGGGAGGCUCUAAAGCACUUUCCUUGUGCAUUUGGAGAGUGGCAUUGCCUUUUAGAUAGGAUCUAGGAGUGAUUUUAUUGUUUGGGAGAAUGGAAGGGUCCUGUGGCCCUGGCUUUGUCAUCAGUGACUGCCAUAGCAACAGCAGCUCUGUACCUCAUCUUUUGAGCCCACCUUUGAAGAGGAGACACAGUACUCACCUUAAUUGCACUGGUAGCAGCUCAUUUUGUUUAUUAUUUUCAUCAUUAAUUGGAAGCUGCCUUGGGAUUUAAGCACCAGGCAUUGCACAUCUGGAUGGAUGAAGGAAAAUAUAAAAAUGGAGUGGGCUGCCCAGGUCCUCCAGAGAGUGGUAAAGCAUUCAUGCCUUCUCAGAAGCCUGGAGUCCAAGAAAAUGUACUGGUAGAGUCAGUCUAGAGCUUGUUUUCAGGAAGUUCAAUUACUUCAUGCAGCUGAGUACUUCGUGAGAAAGCUUGGAUUGCCUCACCGUGGAGGCUGUUUGAAGUAUCAGUGAAGAACAGAGAAAGGGCAGGACCCUCAUCACAAUAGCCAAACUUCGAGGCUACGGUUAGUGUAAGGUAGGAUUUCCCAGCUCUGGGGAUUCCUCCAAGACAGAAGGUGUCUAAGCAAAUUACACCAUCAUCCGGUAGUAUGUAGAGCUGUGGGAGAAAAUCAAGGGGAAGGGGGAACACUUCCUUCAGUGCCUUGCCUUGGUAUCUGGGAGGGCCUCAGUGACGCUGAGCUCUCCUGCUCCUGUGAAGGCUUCUCUGUACCUCUAGUGUCUUGGCCUUAGGGGUCUGAUUGGAAUGAGCAGCCCGCCCUGGGCACUCCCUUUCUAUGUCUAGUCAGUAUUUUUCCCUUUGGUGUGUUUUGGAGCCAUGUCAUACCCAGUAAGUCAGUAUCAUCUGUUGUAUGUGAGUAGCCCAAAGCCAGCACCAAAGCCUUGGGGUCACAAGAGCUCGACAGACAGGUAGAUCCUGCCAAGUAAGAGGGAGCUGGCUGCGCUCACUUCUGCGUUCUAGUGGAGAGGAGCAAGCUACCUUUCCCAAAGACAGUGUAUGUCCUAGAAGAGCCAGCUUCUAGGCAGGCAGUUGAUAGUUCCCUAAAAUGUGAGCCUUGUGCUUCCACCAAGUCUAAUGGAUUGCUUGUGUUUGAGGCCACAGCAGCUCCUUUGAUAAGUACCACAUCCUCUGUGCUACACACAGCUAAAUUAAUAGUUUCAUUUAACCAAACCAAAAAAAGGAAAAAAAAAGAAAAAAAAAUAGGUUUGCUAUCUCUUUUAAUAUUGCUACCUAUGCAGGAUUUUGCCGUUUCCUUAAGCUAGUGGUAUAAAGGCUGGUGCUGGGAGGACGCCCCAUCUCGGGCAACUCUGUCCAGUGGGAUCACUAUGUCCUUGUUUUCUCAGUUCUGAGAAGCACAGUACAGUAGUACUGACUUGAGCACUGAAGCGUAUUCCUAGAGUAAGGGAAAGCCCAAUCCUGACGUCAGGGUACAGGUUCUGGGGGUCUGGCAGCAAACCCUGCGGAGAGUUCUGGUUCAGUGUGCUCAGGACUGGCUGGCCUUUCAAGGCUUUUCUCCUUAUGCUCACCAGCUCAGCAGGCCUGAGAGGCGGGGUUUAAGUUGUUCAGUGUGAACGUUGCUUCUGCUCUGGAGCUGAGGGGUGUGGGCAUGUUGCGGACUGUGGGGUGACAGUGCGUGCUGAAGCAGGCAGGAGUCCUGGGGAGUCAUGCUCAAGUAAAGCAUGGUGGUGGUUCUCUCUAGUAUGUUCCUUUGGGAAGUCUAGGUUUGCUAUUAAUCUAGCUGAGAAUCUAAGUUCUGUGCCUUAGAGACAAUUUGCACUUUCCAGAAUUGUGCCUAGGACAGCCAUAAGAUUUUUUUUCCCUACCAAACAGCUAUGCAAACAAAAACCAGCUCAAAAGUCACAACCAUACACUGGGUUGAGUGGAAGUCAUGACAGCAGAAAUGUCUUCAAGUGGUUUUCUAUAGCUAAAUCUUCCUAAGUUGUCCUGCUUAUCCUCUGUGCAGUGCUGGGUGUUUGAAGCGUGCCAGGGUGUUGCUUUGAGUUACAGUAUAGCCUGCGCUUCUCCUUUGUGCCAACACUUGGCUGAAGAGCCAGCUUAUUGUUAGCCUGAUGCUGGAAAGGAUGAGGAUGGAGUGGUGUGGCAUUUCUGUUUUAAAUAAACGUUUAAACUCUCA